AUGGAACGUUCCUUUCAACUGAGAGAUGGCAUUGCAGCUGCACAGGUACCGAUAUUUGCCGUGUUCUUUUUGUUCGGUAUCUUCUUUGGUAUCCGAAAGAAAGAUGGCUGGAUCAGCGUGGCCUUGUUUUCAUCCAUCCGGAUAGCAGGAGCAAGCUGUCUGCUGGCAGCAUUCACAACGGGCAGCUCCAGUGUUUGGGCUGCAGCGUCUGUUCUAGAAUCGUUGGGCUUGGUCCUCCUUAUGUUCGUCCUCCUCGGUCUUCUCAAGAGAACGUUAGUACCCUCUCAUACCACCAUCUCCCGGCAACUCUGUCAGCUUACACAGGGGCCCCAUAGAAACGCUCACUUACAGGUUCUUACGGACUGGCAUUUUCGAAUACCGGAGUUGAUCUGCUGGGCAGGUGUAGGCGUCUCCGUCGCCGAUUACAUCGGGGGCCGCUAUCGCGAGGACCUAAUGGCACCUAGCUCGCUAUCGAGAGUCAGUGUUGGUCUUUUCGCUGCACUAUUCGCAUGGACUGCCUUACUCUUCUUACGCCUUGUACGCAAAUGGAACCUGCUCUCAACUACGCAACGACGAUGCAUGAUUGGUGUAGGCGCGGCGCUCCCAUUCAUGACAGCCCGAACGAUACAUUCAUUGAUUUACACGAUCACAGCCAAAGAAACCUUUAGCUCAGUGUCUGGAAGCGGAGUCAUCUACCUAUUCAUGACCAUGCUGCCAGAAGUAGGUGUGUUGGCUUCGGUCGUUUGGGCGAUGAUGGGAUUGCCAUCAGAACGCAGGGAGACACGAGAGAGUGUUCCAAGAUCUAGUGAGGACGAGGUCGACCUUCACAACUUGAUAGAUAGCAAUGCAACUCGACGAGCUCCUUGA